AUAUGUUUAGGAGUUCAUAAUGAUUCUAUAACGGGACAUUCACAGCAGUGUUUAGAGGCCCACUGUGGGUUUUAAACGUCGUCUUUUUGCCGUGACUCCGGUGGGGAGAAAGGAUGGGUGUGGAAGUAGACACACGUGACCGAGCAGUGCCAGCCUGAGCUGUCGGGAUCCGCGGAGGCUUCGUUGCCUUUGAACCACUUUAUUAAACUUUAUUAUCCGACUGCUGAGCCGCUGUGCACUCCAAACCUUUUUCGCGUCAUUCAGACGCUUUUAUUUCCUGUCAUAUGCUUCGGUCACGUGACUGCCAUCGACCGUACAGUCCAACAUGGCGGUGGCUACAUCUGUUUUCCACAGAGUGAGAACCGGGUCGAAAAUAGGCGCUCAGUACGACCAAGACGGCAACCUGAUCCAGGUGGAAAGCCGGGAGGAUGAGGAGCAGAGCGUGAAGCUGGCGGAGAUCCUGGAGCUCCUGCUGGCAGCGGGGUACUUCCGAGCCCGGAUCAAAGGCCUGUCACCUUUCGAUAAGGUGGUUGGCGGUAUGACCUGGUGCAUCACCACGUGUAACUUCGACAUCGACGUGGAUCUUCUUUUCCAAGAAAACUCAACCAUUGGACAGAAAAUAGCCUUGACAGAGAAAAUAGUUUCUGUUCUUCCAAAGAUGAAGUGUCCUCACCGCCUGGAACCCCAUCAGAUCCAAGGCUUGGAUUUUAUCCACAUUUUCCCAGUCGUUCAGUGGCUGGUGAAGCGAGCCAUAGAGACGAGAGAGGAGAUGGGAGAUUAUGUGAGAGCCUACUCCAUUUCUCAGUUCCAGAAGACCCACAGCCUCCCCGAGGAUGAAGAGCUCCUCCAGAGGAAAGACAAGGCAGUGAGGGCAGUCCUGGAGGUGCUGGAAGUGUACAAACCCCAGAGGAAAUACAAGAGGCAGAAGAAUGCAGAGGAGCUGCUGGAUGAGGAGUCCAGGGUUCACUCCACUCUGCUGGAAUAUGGGAGGCGAUAUGGAUUCAGCAAGCAGUCUAAACAAGACAGGGUCGAUGAGGGGAAAGCUUCACUGACCGGCGGCUCUCAGGCAGAGUCUCCUGGGAUGUCUGAGGCGGUGGAUGAAGAUGAUCUGCAGGCAGCAGAGGAGAUGAGAAUUAAAAUGUUGAUGACCAACAUGGCUGCCAUGGCAACAGAGGAGGGGAAGCUGACAGCGAGUGCAGUGGGUCAGCUGGUGGGACUGCAGUCUGAAGAGAUCAAGCAGUUUGCCUCUGAGUAUGCUGAGAAGCAGCUGGAGCUGUCCUCAGAGGAGCACUCGGAGCGUUACGGCCCGCUGCAGCAGCACCGCAGGGCGAUCGCCUCAGUUAACAAACAGAUCCAGCAGAAGACUAAAGAGCUGAAGGAGCUGCAGACCAAGCAUGCAGAGGUGAAGACGGGCUGUGACGAGGCCAAGAGGAAACUGAUGGAGGCUGCAGAGCUGUCAGAGACGCUGAGCAAAGAGCUGAGGUCUUUGGAGGAGGUGGAGGAGCAGGCUGACAGUGGGCUGCUGGAGAAGCUGAAGGCUCUGGUGACGAUGAACGAGAACCUGAAGCAGCAGGAGCAGGAGUUCCGCACACACUGCAGGGAAGAGAUGGCUCACCUGCAGAGGAACAUUACGGAGUUAAAGUCUACAUCGGGACAGGACACGGAGGAAGAGAAGGAGAGGAACCAGCUGAUAGACAAACAGUACAACACAGGUCGAGAGAAACUGCAGAAGAUCCGCCUGCUCAUGGCUCGGAGGAACCGAGAGAUCGCCAUCCUGCAGAGGAAGAUCGACGAGGUGCCGAGCCGGGCCGAGCUGACUCAGUAUCAGAAGAGAUUCAUUGAACUUUACAGUCAAGUUUCUGCUACUCACAAAGAGACCAAGCAGUUCUUCACUCUGUAUAACACUUUGGAUGAUAAGAAGGUGUACCUGGAGAAGGAGGUGAAUCUACUGAAUUCUAUUCAUGACAACUUCCAGCAAGCCAUGUCGUCUUCAGCGGCCAAGGAGCAGUUCCUCAAACAAAUGGAGCAGAUAGUGGAGGGGAUCAAACAGAACCGCAUUAAGAUGGAGAAGAAGAAGCAGGAGAACAAAAUGAGGCGGGAUCAGCUCAACGAUGAGUACCUGGAGCUCCUUGACAAGCAGAGGCUGUAUUUCAAAACUGUCAAGGACUUUAAGGAGGAGUGUCGGAAGAACGAGAUGCUGCUGUCUAAGCUGAGAGCUAAAGGAGCCUCGUAGCUCUGACCUGUCAGGAUCUGCUUCAUCCUCACCGAAAUUUGAAUCAAGCCAUUGCACAUCACCACCUGGAUAUUACAUCACACUGCUUUUCACUUGUGCCAAACGCAGCAGUAACGUCUUUAGAAAAGCCUGAUGGUUCACAGCCUCUGUAACAUCAUAAUGAUCACUGAUAAAUGUCUUCACUCCAUCAUCACACUGUUUUCUAAUAUUGGACAGCAUUCAUGUUCACACGUCAGAUUUAACUGCAGUUUAAUAACAGUCCAAGCCGUGCUGCUUUAUGCUGAUCCUGAACAGAGCCUGUCCUCUGAGAGUUUUCAUGUGCCUCUGAACAGUGUCUUAAAUGUACCGUCCUCUGACCACUUGUGAGCAGGAUUUAAUGAAUAAAGAAAUGUUGAUGCUAA